AUGUCUUCUGGGAAUAGUAAUGGCCAGCACGGCCCUGAUUGGGAGAUGUCGUCUCCUGUCGUGUCAACUUCUCGCAACGGUACUCACUGCCAAGGGCCUCGUUCCUCAUAUUCCCCGGUUGUCCCCUCCACCCGGGGCCUGCAGUCAAAUGGCACGACGCAGGCAAAACACCUUCCCACCGUACAAACCCCCUUGCUAUCCUCCACAAUCUCCGCCGCCUCAUCCCGCGAAACUUCGCCGAUCCGACCCGGAGCCACGACAUCACGGUCGUUUUCCAUACCCCGUAAGAAUAUUCAAGACUCAAGCCACAGCCGGAAAUCGAGUACAACAUCAACUGGCAAUACCUCUGCUCCUAUAAUCCUGGACUUAGAGGGGAAUCCCAUUGACUCAAACGCUUCUCACGCUCUACUACCACCUACUGAUGCUCCGACGGACCCGUCCCUGCCCGUUAUGCCCACCAAGUCGGGUGAUCCGCCACUUCAAUGGCCCCGAUUAAAUCGAUUAAAGUCACCCCCUCCUAAUCUACCUACACGAACCCCUCUCCAACGCACAACAUCCCCUAAACGCUUGGAAAAUGACAGUAUUGUUGCCAACACUUCGAGUAAACGGUACCAUGCUGGAACUGAGGAAAUACCGUCGCCGGAUAUCUCUAUUGAAGCUUCUGAAGAUUCUCAGGGACGGAACACUCUGCGUGGUUCAAUUACCCGAGGAACUGUGCCUGCUCUUGAGACGGUUCAAGAAGGCCGUGUACCAAGGGUUACCGUAUCCGAUCUAUCUCCCAGCGAAGAAUCUGGGGAAGUUACAAAAACCACAAAGUCUCCUGGGGAUAGUGGAAGCGACAGUGGUAACAAGAGUGCUGGGUCUAAGGCAGAUGUUAGGAAAACCAUUCCUAGUAAGCCGAAGCCAGACGAGGCUGUUGCAAAACGAUCGUUCACUUCGUUGAGCUCUGCCCGCGGUAAAACCGGGGAGACAUCCAUGACCAAUAUGACCGUCGAAACCGAAACCGUUAGUUCAAUACCCCAAGUCUCCCUGGGUGUAGGGGCUGGGGAGAGAGCAGGUUUGGGUAGGAAAGAGGGGGGCCCAAUGAUCCGUUUACGUCCAAGUGAUGAGACAAUUCGACCCAAGAAAGAAAAGAAGAAAACUCGCAAGCUCAACUUGCCUGCCGGAACAGUUUCAUCGAAGGCGGAUAUUUUCGAGGCCAAAGUAGCCAGCGCAGUUGACGAUGCAGAUUCAUCAGAUUCUGCAGAGACCUUUGUAUACGAGUCAAACCCUCCUGACCCCCAUCCUGCUCGGCAACACCGAUAUCAUUCUCGAACCCCAAGCACGGCAUCGAUGGUAGGCCAGCUGGACCAGUACGGUGGCCGAAUCCGCCCUGGUGUUCGAGACCUUCAUGGAAUCACUGGGAAACGGAGUAUGAAGUUUACAAAUACUUCCUAUAAUACCAUGGACGGUGAAACCGAGGACCGUUGCUUGGGCAGAGGGAGUUCAAGGGGAAAUGGACAUAUGCAUACGGCGCGCCAUUAUCAAAUGGGACGCCAUGGGAGGAAUGGCGUCCAUCAACCUUUUGUUGAUGAUCCAGCUUUUCAAUCAUCGCACAGUCCUAAGUCACCCAGGCAACUACUUGGCAACGGUCAUAAUCGAAAUUUCAAAAAGGAUGGAGAUACAUAUGGCUACGAUUUUGAUGCUGAAGGUGCCGAUGAUGAAAGAACCCCACUUGUUGGCGCUCUGCGAGCGGCUCGUAAUCGGCAAGGACGACGCCCAUACAGCGCCGGCUUACGACAACUGGACCAUUCGGGCUCCUUACGAAUGGGAUGGUGUGCACGCUACGGCGUGUGUGCAAUACUUUUCACGUUGUUGUUUAUCUUAACAGGCGGUUCAACUAUCUUCAUUUUUGGCGCUACGCAGCCUCUUCGAGAUCUCCAUGUUCGAGAAAUCCAGAACGUUCUCGCUUCUGAACAAACAAUCAUGCUUGAUCUGGAUAUCGAAGCCAUCAACCCUAAUAUAUUUACACUCACUAUUAGCGAUAUGGAUGUGAAUAUAUUCGCAAAGAGCAGAUUUGUGGGCACCGACGCUUUUUGGAGAGAUCAUGGUCCACAUCCACCAUCGCUUCCCCGCACUGCGGAUAGCAGAAAGCGUGCUAUUAUGGCGGGGAAGAUCAACCAUCGCCAAGAGAACUCAACUGAGGUUACCACAGCUGGUGGGGUGGACAAAGGCACUGAUCCUAUUCCACCAGAGGACGACCCAAGUGGCGACCCCCAAACUAUGCUUCUAGGUCGGAUUUUCCAUUUUGCAUCACCAUUGGUCUUUGACUCGUCGCCUUGGAAACAUCGCCCCUCCAACUCCACUGGGCAGGUCCGAUUGACCAGACCAGGUAAUAAAACCGAAGAAGGAGGCUCUCUAAGGUGGGAGCGCGUUCUCCAGCAUCCCUUCGAGUUGAUUGUGCGUGGUGUCGUCAAAUACCAGCUACCAUUAACCUCUGGGACCAGAUCCGCUUCCGUGAGCUCAAAAAUCAGUGUCCUGCCGGACAAAGGGGACGAUAACGAUAAGGAUGGUGAUGAUGAUUCUGAUGAUUCGAUUCACAUCGAGUGA